UUAUGCCAUAAGCAAAUAUUGUUUGAAGGAACGACUGAGCGAAGUGAUAUCGUGGUGUUUUCACAUCUUGGAUAUAUGUUGUGUAAGUUGCGUCCUGUGAAGCCAAUAUGGAAGGAAAUUAACUUGAGCUGAAGACAGGCAAAGGCCCUGAUCAAUUGGUAGCAAGCAUGGCUCGUUCCGCGCCAGUUGUCGAACCAUUCGCUAACAUUUCAGCGCAAGAGUUGCUGAAAAAUACCCCCGGGUUGUUCGGAUGGGUUAGAAAGGAGGAGACUGCAGGAAUACGAUCGAUGGUGAAAGCACUUGACUGGCCCUGGCGUUAUAUGAUCCUCAGUAAAGGAUGUCUGUACUUAUUCAAACAAUCCGAUGACCAAAACUUUUGUGAGGCAGUCCCUCUCAGCAACUUCAGAGUGUGUAAUGCUCCUGAGAAAUCUAAGUACCCGUGGGUUUUCAAACUGAUUCAUACUAAGUCAUGUGACGUCAAGACGUUAGUGUUUGCUGUAGACACAGAUUUUGAUUUAAAGAAAUGGCAAGACGCUAUAGCAAGAGACAUGGAAAAAUAUUGUGGUGAUUCAUCGUGGGCAGACGACGCUGACGGAUACUGUUCUAUCGACGAUGACGUACCAUCCAAACCACCGAGUCGUGUCCAAACAUUCCAACUAAGAGAAAGACCGCCUGCACCUCUUCCGGAUACUAGACGACGUCAUUCUUGUUCAUUUACCUCUACUGAUCUACGGCAAAAGCCAUUGCCUUCCCUUCCUGAUAUAUCGCAAAAGCCAUUGCCUCCCCCUCCAGGACACGAGAAACCAGAACCUGCAAGAAAACCACCUCCUAAUCUGAAGCCCGCAAUACUGUCUCGCCCACCUGCGAGGGCUACACAACCAAGCCCAGUAACAAUGGGGAGAUUUCCAGGACGUUCAUCAGAUUCAUCUGGUCUCACACCUCAGGGAUAUGAGAACGUAAUUAAUCAACUUCAAAAAGCCAAAGUAAAUCCUACUGAUAUGAGAGGCUCUGCGUCCACUUUACCACCACCUCCUGUAGCUGGCCCAGCAGCUCUUCGCAAACCAAUAAAGCUCGGAAGAGGUGAUCCUGAUGGACAGAGCUUUAAAGUCAAACACAAGGAGGGAGUCCUUCCGUCUUCAGCAUUGCUACUUGACUUAGACAAGACGGAGGUCAAUUCCCUUCUUGAGAACAAAUAUGGCGUUUAUAUUGUGCGUAAUAGCCAAACUGCACAGUCAAAGAUGGUUUUGUCGGUUGGUACAGGGGAUAAAGUCGUGCACUAUCGGAUAUCUUAUGACGAGGAACAAGGAUAUUCUCUCAAAGAACAAGGAACCCCAAGAUUUCCCGAAAUAACAGACUUGUUAAGUCAUUACUCCUCGUUUGAUCUCCCCACCCAUGAUUUGAAACUGACCGUGGCAGCCACUUACAGAUAGAAAUUGACAAUUUUUUUUCCGAGCAUAAAAUAAAAUAUCUCUAUGUGUGGCUUGUAUGAAGUUUAAACGUUCUAGCCCUGGCUACUCAAUCUCAAGCAUUCAUGAUCGUCAUUAUGGGGCGCUUAUCAAUGGAUAUGAAGUCUGAAGAGAGCUAAAUAACUUAUAACUACACAAACAUUCUUGUAAGUUGUAAAGUAACCAUAUACAAUUAUAAAAGGUGGCAGCAAUCUUGAAUAAUAGGUACGCAAUGCAUAAAUGUGUCGAUUGUUGAGGUCAUAUCGUGUUGAAGUGAUAUUUCGUCGAGAAUUUCGCAGGGCUUUUUAAUAUUUAAUUUUACAAGGCUCGCACCUUCGACGAAAUUCACUAAACUUACAAUUAGUUUCCCUUGCCCUUGCUGCUAUUUUUUUAAGACUAUUGGUCGGAGCGUCUACACUAUCCAAACGUUUCAAUAUUACACAUACCUACACCGUGAGUUUCUUCAAAUGAAGAAUUCGUCAACUCAGUGAACUUCAUCUGCAAAACUCAGAGGAGAGG